AUGAAGAAGCUGUUUGAGGCUGAGCUGAAGAGGGUCCAGCAGUAUGCAGUGGAUGUGACUCUUGAUCCUGAUACAGCACAUCCUAAACUCAUCCUGUCUGAUGAUGGGAAACAAGUAUAUGAUAGUGAUGUGGAGAAGAAUCUCCCAGACAACCCAGAAAGAUUUUCUUUUUAUCUUUGUGUGUUAGGAAAGCAGAGUUUGUCUUCAGGCAGAUUUUACUUUGAGGUUCAGGUUAAAGAGAAGACUGGCUGGACUUUAGGAGUGGCCAGAGAGUCGAUUGACAGAAAGGGAGAAAUCACACCGAGUCCUGAAGAUGGUUUCUGGACAAUAUGGUUGACAAGAAAUUAUUACUUUGUUUUGGGUGACCCUCCAGUCGAUCUCUCUCUGAAGUCUCCUCCUCAGAAGGUGGGGGUGUUUGUGGAUUAUGAGGAGGGUCUGGUCUCCUUUUAUGACGUAGAUGCUGCAGCUCUUAUCUACUCCUUUACUAGCUGCUCCUUCACUGAGAAACUCUACCCAAUCUUCAGUCCCCAUUUAAAUGAUGGUGGUAAAAACGCCGCUCCUCUGAUCAUCUCUCCUGUCAAUCAAUCUGCCUGAUCUAUUUUUUUUGAUCAGCCAUUUAU